AUCAGUUCCAUAAAUCCCCUCAUUCAAAAUGUGCAUCACAUGCUAUACGAGAAUGGAGCUGUUAAGCCACAUAUUGAGCUUGCAUCAUGUCAUAGAGGCAAAUACUUCGCUGAAUCGAUAGUUGAAGUGUUUAUGACAGCAAAAAAUGUUGACUCUUCUCUCACUGGGAAUUCUUUCUCUGAUUGCAAUGAUUACUUUAUCAGAUUUGAUGGCGAUGAAGGAUCAGAACUUAGAUUCGUUGCUACACGGGAUAUUAAACGUGGUACUACUCUUAUCAGUAUACCGUAUAAGUGGUCAUACUCCCUGUCCCAAAUACAAGAUAGCUUCAUUAGCGAAUGCUUUGAUUUAAAUGACCACUCAAUGGAAAAGGAAAUUGCCGAGUUUGUUAAUCAUGUAAUUAAUCUACAUAGAUUGAAUAUAGGGAACUUCAUGAAAUAUGAUUUGGGAUAUGAUAAAGAAUGCCACCCGUAUUCUCCAAAUAUUGUCCCACAUUCUUCAGGAUGCUACAAUAACAGCAACGUAAAUAUAGUUGCUAGUGAUAAGACAUCUAAUUUUGUUGCAAACCCGUUUGGCAUUGGAACGUACCAGGAUAAGAGUAACCCCGAUAGCACAUUAAACGAUGGCUUCUAUAGGAGGAUGUGCCAUGCGAUCAAACUUAAUCGUUUGAGAACAUUUAAAGCUAUAUUAAUCGCUGAUAGUACAUUAUCAAUGGGGGAUGUAAUUAGUAAUGCACUGGAACUUAAGGACUACGAAUUCGCCUACCUAAAUCAGGAUGAGAAAGAACUUUUAAUUCUUUCGUUGUAUAUAUUUGCGGAUUAUUUCAAUGCAUUAUUUGCGCUUAUUUUGAACAUUAUCUACAAUUAUAGAUCUAUACCAACGCUGAAGAAAGAUAAUAUCAUUAAACUCAGUUGGGCACACCACCUACUCACCAAGAAUGUGAAUCAUCUCCCUCUACUUUUACCCAAAGAUUCAAUCGAUCAAAUACAAGAACCUAUAUGCAAAGACAGACUUUCGCAACGUAAUAGGGCGAUUAAUGAUUUGCUUAUGGUGGUGAAAGACCCUUUGUAUAUUGUACAACAGCGCAUAGAACAACUUGCGCAAUCGCAUUAUAAAAUGGAAGACACUCAUCCGGAAGAUAAAGGAUGUGGUCCACUCAUGUACAACCGUAAGAUUCAUGCUGAAGAGGCUAUGGAACUUAUAGAAUCGGAGCUUCAGGCGUUUGGUAAUGGCAGUCACAGUGCCUUAUCAAUUACGCGUGAUAUCAUCUUAGAUAUAGUUGGAAAUCGUUCAUCUUACUACGAAGAGGUGGUUGACAGUGUCGACAUUUUAAAGUUUUUUGAAGAAUAUUUGACGGGCACUUUAGAACCAGAUAAAUACAAAAACGUCAGUAUAGACACAUGGGUGAGAUCCCUAAAUGGCCUAGUGAAUCGAACUUCAUUGAGUAACAUAUUUGCAUCAGUGGUUGCACAUAACAUGAGAGCAAGGAAGGUGGUCAAUGGUGACGAUAUUGCUACAGAGUACACUAUUCGUACACUAUUGCAUAAUGCUGGAUCGGGUAUUAUGUUGCAUCCUACUGAUGAAGGAAGUGUACAUACCAUAGAUGAAGCGCAUGUAGUACCUUUCAUAGAUAUUGUAAACCACAAUUCGACGAAUCCAAAUUGUAUUUUGGAGAUAGACAACAAGAAUCAGAAGGGCUUUAACCUCCGUGCUAUACGCCAAAUCAAAGCCGGUGAAGAAAUAUUUGUCAAUUAUGGAGAUUAUGAUAAUAACAUGCUGUUUGUAGAUUACGGAAUCGUGCCUAAAUUGAAACCCGAUAUUGGCGUCCUUAUGGAGGUUGAACCUAUGAUGAUACAAAAUGCUGCGCUAUCGAGAAACUUGGCACACCUGUUGCCAACGUUUUUCCCAGCAGGGUUGGCGCCGGAAAAACGUGAACUGAUGGAAAAGAUAAAUAUGUUCAAAAUACCAAAGGACGACAAUUACCUACAACUAUAUAACGAUCCACAUUACGCAGGUAUGCCCGUGGUACAGUAUAAUGAAUUCAUGGCUAAAUUCAUGGAUAGGAAUAAGCCAUUGGCUUCUCUAAAUACGGAAGGUGUGGAUAUGGAAGCCAUAAAGCAAGAACGCACAUCCUACCGACAGCCACUAGAAACGUUGUUCCCAUUUAAGGAUGAUCGAUCUGACCCAAUGAACAUCCUUCACAUCGACACUAACGGGAUACCUUGCCCAAAGCUUGUUUUGGUAUUAAAGAUUUGCUUUUGUAGAACGAAGAAAAGACUUCAAUGGAUUGCGCAGCAUGACAUCCAUUAUUUGGCCACCAGCAUCAAUUCACCUCUUGAUAUUGAGGUGUUCAAAGUGGCUUCAAUGGUAUGCUGUGAAUACAUCAAGGCACGGUAUCCGACCACCAUAGCGGAAGACCUCAGGCAGGUGAGCGACCCAGAGCUGCAUAAACUAUCGGGGUCCGUGGGAACAUCGAUUGAGCAAAUGCGCAAGAGGAAUAAUGUACGCAUUCCCAACGCGCUUGUACUAGCUCAUGCAUUACGGGCGAAAAUGCCUUUAUACAGAUGCGCAAGCUACUACGAGUCCAUAGCAAAAGACUUCGAAAUUAGCCAAAAGGGUUAGAAAAAGUUAUCCGAGUUUGUAAAGAUGCUGAAAUCUACU